AUGCGUGUCAAAUGGUUGUGUAGCUGUUCGGAUUCUCCAAAAUCGCUAUUGGAACUCAAUGUCUGUGGACAGUGCCAGUGUGUAUCCUGUCACCUUUGUCAAAGACCCGAGCUCUCGGUUAAAUAUUGUCCAGGAUGCUUUAAGAAGUACGAGCUGGGUGACCAGACAAGAUGCUCCCGAAAUUGUUUGGAAUGCGGUAUGUGUGAGUCUCAAGUUAUCCUCACAAGCAGUAAAGAUAAGGUCGGAAGCAGACGCCUCAUCUUAAAGUGCCACGGUUGCGGAUGGGACUACAAGUUGAAAACAAUUGACACCACUCAGUCCUUAACUAGCUAUGUCAACGAAUUGAGAGGUUAUCAAGACAAAUAUCAUGCUAGAUUUCGGGAACUGCAAAAGUUUUACAGCCUCAAACGAAAAUUGCAGGAUCUUGACAUGAGCAGUAAGAUGGGCAAAAUUGACACCCUGGAUGAAACCACCUCGCAUGAAUUGGUUGCUGAGCUUUCCGGGCGCAAAAUAUUUGAGCUCAUCAAUGAAGAACGCCCCUCUCCUCCUACGUUGGAGAUGAAUGCACCUGUGGCAUCCUUGCCAAGAGGCCGCCGCUUGAAGGCACGUUACAAUUUUAAAUGUCCCUCGUGUGAUACAUGGCUCACGAAGUGUUAUCCUGACCCUAGAUCUUCGCGUUUCUUGCUGGAGUCGUGUGCUUUGCAGACCAUUCCCGAGCUCAGGAUCAUCCCUUUAUCACAAGCUCACUCUAUCGAGCCGCAGGACGCGAAUAAACUAGCACUAGCUUUCUGUUCUGCGUUUCAAUCCAAUAGCAGGACUACAGACAUAUCGCUGAUUGGAUCUGCUACCAUAUAUUUACCUGUGCCACAAUUCACUAUUCAAUCUCUCGACUCGCUGGCCCCAGCACUUUCACCGACAGAAAACCUGUCGCAGUUUAUUACACGUAUUCCAACCUACUUGCUGAGCUCUGAGCUCGAUCUAGUGGAAAAUGAAAGAGUUAGAAGGACUAAGAGCAGGGCGGAAUGCAAGCUUCGUAAUUUUCAAAACUCUGAAGUAAUAGAUCAAGGCAAUGGCUGGACUAUUGUUCCGAUCCAUAUACUAGAAUCAAAAGACUACCAUAAUAUCCAACUGAUCUUUACCACACCAGAUCAUAGAGUGUCACUUCGAGCUGUCAUCUGUUCAUAA